CCUUAUAAAGAGUAAAGGUGUGCCUAUAUCAUCAUUGAGAUACAUGUACAAGAAUGGCAGUUGCAAAUGUCCCAGAAGCAGUGAAUACAGAGUAUGGAGGCUAUGAUAAUGACUUUGUUGAAACAGUCCCUGAUCGAUAUGAGUGUAGUACAGUGUGUACCAAGGUGUUGAAAGACCCACACCUAACCUCUUGUUGUGGACAACAUUUUUGUGAGACUUGCCUUAACUACUGGUUUGAAAAGCACCGUCAAAAAAGCUGUCCUCACUGCCGAGCCAAAGGGAGUGGUUUUAAUCAUUUUCUGGACAAGAAGCUUAAAAGGGAAAUCUCUGAGCUCAAGAUUUGGUGUAGCAACAAAGACAAGGGAUGCAAGUGGAGAAACGAACUACAGAGCCUCGAGAAGCAUAUCAAAUCAGCUGAUGGGUGUGGUUAUGUCAAAGUGGAGUGCACUAUUAUGUUUGAAGAAUGCCCUAAAAUUCUUCGAAAAGAUCUCGAUGAGCACGUACGAAACACUUGUGAAUACAGAUCAGUCACUUGUAUACAUUGCAAUAAAAAGCUACCCUUCUAUACGCUAUCCAACCAUCACAGCCAUUGCGAACAGUACCCAUGUCCCUGUCCUAACGAGUGUGGUUCAGGAAACAUGCCUCGUCAAGACCUGCCUACCCAUCGCAAUGAGUGCCCACUAGAGCGUGUUGAGUGCACCUUUGCUGAGGCUGGGUGUAAGAUAAAGUUGGUGAGGAAUCAGCUUGACAAACAUCUAACAGACAACCAGCAAACACACUUGAUUCAGCUUAUGACUGACUAUAAGAAAGUGAAAAAAGUACAGAAAGAAACAACUGAAACGCUUGAGCAGACAAAACGAGCGCAAACUGUAACCACAGGGAGACUAGAGUCUAUGCAGGAGGGAAUAUCUAGAGAGCUCCAAAAAGCCAAAGUAACAAGAGAUCUUGAGCCUGUUCUGAAAUCAAUCCGAACAAACUUAGGAUCAUCAGAGAACAAGAUCACUGAUGAAGGUAUCGAGCAUGGGCUACAAUUUAGCAUUCCCACAGAGAGCUAUUUCAAAGACAACAGAGAAUGGUACAGUCCAGCGUUUUACGUAAAAGAUUUCAAGGUGUGUGUACAAGCACGAUACUUUCCACGCAUUAGUAAACUAGGGUGGGCACUAGUUGUAUUGGGGACUGAGAGAGGCAGGUGUGAAGAUAUCUUGAAAGGAAAAAUUGAGGGUUCAAUAACAAUUUUUAAUUUUAGACUUCCAUGUGUGAACGACUCUUCUAAAAUGUAUAUGCACAACGUGAUCAAAGUAUUAGGGGGUACCAAAACCAAGCUAACACCUCCUCCAAUUACAAUAACUAUAUUUAUAAACGGUUUGCAAAAUUGCCAGAGGUGUGACCAAGCAAGUGCCUCAGAUUCGCACAGUGAC